UUUCGUUUGCAUUUUUACUUCGAAACAGUUAAUGAAAAUAAGGUACUCCAAUGUUUAUACUUUUAAAAUAGUAAAAAAAUAAAUGUCUUGUUGACGAACUACUUCAAGAUCCUAAAAUGGCAGAUAGGCUCACUCAACUUCAAGAUUGUAUAAAUAAACAAGCAGAACAUUUCUGUAACAGUAUUGGUAUUCUACAACAAUUCGCCCCACCAAGUAAAUUCCCCAAUUUCGACCGAAGUGGAUCGCAGACUCCUCAACAGCAACAAAAUCAGGAGGAUUAUGUGCAAUUAUUCACGACUUUGAUAGCUAGAUGUGCAAAAGAUAUAGAUACAUUAAUAGAAUCUUUACCUAGCGAAGAAAGUUCUACAGAAUUGCAGUUACAGAGUCUUCGAAUAUUGGAACAAGAGAAUCAAGAAGCUGCCGAAAGACUGGAAGCCGUUGUUAGAAACGGCCAAGAGUUGUUAGAAAAGAUCCAAGCUGCUCUUAGUGAUAUUGCUCAAGCACAACUUGACAUGCAACAUUUAACAAAGGCUGUUACAAAAAGCGAAAACAGGGAUUUUUAGUUUAUAGGUUUUUUUAAAAUUUUAUAUUUAUAGUGUGUAAGGUCCUUAAUUAAAAAUUUAAACCCAUUGGA